UGAAUGGACUGCACAACUGCCACCUACUGGUAGCAAAGUGUUACUGCAGGUUGAGAUUCAACUCUCGCGAGAUCUGACGUGUUUGCUGGUCCACAACAGGAACUGAGAAAUGGCAUCAGUGUUCGGCGGAGUUGAAGGAGGAGGGACCCACUCCAAAACAGUGCUGCUGUCAGGAGAUGGGAAGAUCCUGACAGAAGUAGAGGGACCCUGUACCAAUCACUGGUUGAUUGGGAAGGAAAAAUGCACCGAAAACAUCAAUGACAUGGUCCAGAGAGCCAAGAUUCAGGCAGGACUGAACCCAGACACACCUAUUCAUUGCCUGGGAAUGUCUUUGAGUGGAGGUGAGCAAAAGGAUGCCAUCGAAAAACUGAUUGCCUAUAUGAAGGAACGCUUCCCCAAUCUCAGCGAGCACUACCUCAUCACCACCGAUGCUAUUGGUGCAAUGGCAACGGCCAGUGAUCGAGGAGGUGUAGUCCUGAUAUCAGGAACCGGCUCUAACUGCAAGUUAGUCAACCCUGACGGCUCACAGAUCGGUUGCGGAGGCUGGGGUCACUUGAUGGGCGAUGAAGGCUCAGCAUUCUGGAUUGCUCAUCUGGCUGUGAAGACAGUAUUCAAUGCCAGAGACAACCUGGUUGUGCCUCCUCAUGACAUCACACAUGUUAAAAAAGCCAUGGAGGAGUAUUUCCAGGUGUCAGAUCUGAUGGGCAUGCUGCCACACUUGUACAGAAACUUUCAGAAGUCCCACUUCGCUGGUUUCUGCAAGAAGUUGUCUGAAGGUGCAGAGGCAGGUGAUGCUCUGUGCCAGUAUGUGUUUGCUCAGGCUGGGAGAGUUCUGGCGCAACAUGUCGAAGCAGUCUUACCUGCAGCACAGGAGCCAUUAUUAAGUGGUGACCUGGGCCUACCCAUCCUGUGUGUGGGCUCUGUGUGGAAGAGCUGGUCUUUAUUGAAGCCAGGGUUCACAGAGGUCCUAGAUAAAGCUGUGUCAUCUGACAAGGGCCGUUUCCAUGGCUACAGCCUCCUGAUUUUGCAGCAGUCCUCAGCGCUCGGGGGCGCCAGACUUGGAGCGGAGAGUUUGGGUGCCAGCAUAAAAAUGGAUUACGUAGCCAAUGCAAAAGUCUUCUAUAAACACACUUCCAAAGGCCAACAGUAACAACAGAGUAAAAUAUCCAGUUUGUACCAAAUUUUUAUGGUUUACAACUCUUUACUUUGAUUUGAAGUAUGAUAACUGUUUACAACUGGUCUUGGAUAUGAUUUAAUCUCACCAUGACAUUCUGAAAGAUUAUUUGAAAAGAAAUCAAAGUUUAGCUGCUGUGACAAGCGAGUUGAUGAAUUCCAUUGUACUGUACUUUUUUUCGGGGGGGGGGGGGGCUUUUGAAUACUCAUGAUUUAUAAUAAAAGAGCUGAUGAU